AAUUUGAGUCGUAUAACGUCCUCCAUACCUUCUUUUACGGUGGCCUGGAGGUCUUGUCCCAGCCUUGGAUUGGGUAGACGGUUUGACGCGUCGGACUGGGGGCCCUCAUAUGUGGAGGCGGUCAGACCCCUGCUGAGCAGCACCCUCUGAGACAGAGCAGGCACAGGGCAGACCACCGGAGGACUCUGCGUGCAGAUAAUGAUGAAGUCUUCCCUCUGGAGCCUCUUGUUGUGGGCUGCGCUGCUGCUGUCUGAUGUUCUGGCCACAUACCAGCUCAAUGCGUGGGAUCAUCAGCUGAUCGCCGCGCAGAGCCACGCACAAACCAGAAAUAAUGGCCGACCACCGUCCAGGACCCUGGACCCUGCAAUUCACAGAAGUGAUUACACGUAUAGAGGAGGGUAUCACUACCACAACCAGCCACCAAGGAUCCCUCCACCGGUAGUGUAUCGACCUAUGCCUCUGUUUCCUCCAGUGACUUACCACAGGCCCUCAGUCCCCAUGCCGCCCUAUCACUACAGAUACAAAGGGCCAGUUGCACCCCAAAUGCACCACACAUACAAAGGGCUGUCUCCACCAGUAGCCCACCAUCCCCAUCAAAGGCUCAAAGGCCAAUUCCCUUAUAAAUCAAAAGGUCCAUGUCCAAUAAAGUCAGACCCAACAGUACCAACACCACCUGUGGUACACCUUCCUACCGUCCCUCCAACUCUACCAGAGCCAACAGUGCAGCCCACUCUGCCAGCAACUCCAGUAGCACCAGUGACAACCAUCCUGCCAGUGGUGGUGACCACUGUGCUGCCGGUGGAGACCACGGCUCCUGUGACGCUACCGGUCAGUACCCAAAGCGGCUUCAUCACCACCAUCAGUCCUGUGGAGACAGAGACAGAUUCUCAGUGUAGGAGCCGUACCCUGGACCUGGUCUUUAUCAUUGACAGUUCUCGCAGCGUGCGUCCUGGGGAGUUUGAGAAGGUGAAGAUUUUCCUGGCUGACAUGGUCGACACGUUGGACAUUGGCUCGGACGCCACCAGAGUGGCUGUGGUUAACUACGCCAGCACGGUCAAGAUCGAGUUCCUCCUCAAAAGCCACUUCAACAAACCCGACAUGAAGAAAGCCAUCUCCCGCAUCGGGCCCUUGGCAGCCGGCACCAUGACGGGCCUCGCCAUCAAGACCGCAGUGAAUGAAGCCUUCACUGAGGAGUCUGGAGCCCGGCCUCGCUCCAGGAAAGUCACCAAAGUAGCCAUCAUUGUGACAGAUGGGAGACCACAGGACCAGGUGGAGGAGGUGUCUGCUGCAGCUCGGGCUUCAGGCAUUGAGAUCUACGCUGUCGGGGUAGACCGAGCUGACAUGCGCUCCCUGCAGCUGAUGGCCAGCAUCCCUCUGGAGGACCAUGUCUUCUAUGUGGAGACCUACGGCGUGAUCGAGAAGCUCACCUCAAAGUUCAAGGAGACACUGUGCGGUCUGGACCCCUGUGCCAUGGGACAUGACUGCCAACACAUAUGUGUCAACAGCAAUGCCUCUUAUUACUGCCAGUGCCGGAAAGAUUUUAUCUUGAAUGCGGACAAGAAAACAUGUUCCCAGAAACAGAUGAAGGCGGCGGUGGUGGUGGAGGAUCCCUGUAAAUGUGAAGCCAGACUGGCUUUCCAGAAGCAGACACAGGCUGCCAUCCAGCAGCUCACAGCCAAGCUAGCCGAUGUGUCUGGGAGAAUCGAGCGUCUGGAGAUCAUGGUGGGCCGUGCUUAAAGCUGGACACAACGAGACGGUUCGCUGGUUUACUUCCUGGACAUGGACAUGUGCUUCCUGUCAUCCACCCUCCCACAACUACUGUAUGGACUUCAACCACAGAAGGAGUGAAGCUGUGAUUCAUAAACGAAUAUCCCUCAAGUUGCUGACUGUAACAAUAUCCGCAUUUGAAUGUGUGCUUGUCGUUAAUGCAAUAUUUUUUAAACUGCAGUUAAAGCUACUUUAAGCUACUUACACUAUUUCUUCUAAACACCUAUGAUCAUAGUAUAACGUAUGUUAAACAAGUGUUAUUUCUAUGGUUUCUUCUGUAUUGUUUUUAUGUGUCCUGUUUGUACAAAGUUGCAUAUUGUGUAUAUAUUAGUUAUAAUGAAAUAUCAAAAUGUAUUUACUUAGAUAACAAUUUUGAUAGACACGUCUUUAUGUUUCAAAGCAUUCAACCAGUAAAAUGUUUAAUACUUAACAUAUUUUUGCAUAUUUUCUUUAUUAUAGCCUCUCUAUGACAACAAUUUUACUGUCAAAAGUUUUUUUGUUGUAUCAUGAGUUAUAGAAUUGUUCAUCUUCUGUAUCUGUGAAUGUUAUGAGAUGACAUUUCAUGUUUGCUAAGAAUUAUAAAUGUAACCAUGCAAACACAUUGGACAAUAAAAUAAUCCCAAAGGAGGUAGUUGUGCA